CAGCUGGGACCCGUAGGGAGAGGCGGGGAGCGUGCGGCGGCGGCGGCCGUUGUGGCUCUGGCAGUGGUGGCGACAGUGGCGAGGCUACGCAGCCGGGGCGACGGGUCUGGUGCCGCAGCGGCUCGUUCAGGCCGUGCGUCGUCGCUGCAGACGCGGGCAGAGGAGGGAACAACGACUCAGCGGGAGCACUUGGCAGAGGAGGGGAAGGGAUUCAGAAGACACCCCGCGUCUCCCUUCUCGAAUUUCUCUUGGUUCUUGUCAGUUGAUUCGUAGCCUGAAAUGCAUGGUCAUGGAGGCUAUGACUCUGAUUUUAGUGAUGAUGAACACUGUGGAGAAUCUAGCAAAAGGAAAAAAAAGACAGUUGAAGAUGAUUUACUGCUCAAAAAGCCAUUUCAGAAGGAAAAACAUGGAAAGGUGGUCCAUAAACAAGUUGCAGCAGAAUUGCUGGAUAGGGAAGAAGCAAGAAAUAGAAGGUUUCAUCUCAUAGCUAUGGAUGCUUAUCAAAGGCAUGCAAAGUUUGUAAAUGACUAUAUUUUAUACUAUGGUGGCAAAAAAGAAGACUUCAGGCGAUUGGGGGAAAAUGACAAGAUAGACAUGGAUGUUAUACGAGAAAAUCACAGAUUCCUAUGGAAUGAGGAGGAUGAAAUGGACAUGAAUUGGGAGAAGAGACUUGCAAAGAAAUACUAUGAUAAAUUAUUCAAGGAAUACUGCGUAGCAGAUCUCACCAGAUACAAAGAAAAUAAGUUUGGAUUUAGGUGGCGAAUAGAAAAAGAAGUAAUUUCAGGGAAAGGCCAGUUUUGCUGUGGAAAUAAAUGUUGUGAUAAAAAAGAAGGCUUAAAGAGUUGGGAAGUUAAUUUUGGUUAUGUUGAGCAUGGUGAAAAGAGAAAUGCGCUUGUUAAAUUAAGAUUAUGCCAAGAAUGUUCCUUUAAAUUAAAUUUUCAUCACAGGAGAAAAGAAGUCAAGUCAAAAAAAAGAAAGGAUAAAGCCAGAAAAGAUUGUGAAGAGUCAUCACAUAAAAAAUCCAGAUUAUCUUCUGUAGAAGAGUCCUCUAAGAAAAAGGAUAAAGGAAGCUCUGAUGAGGAAGGAAGUACUUCAGAAUCUGAACUUUGGAAGGGCCCACUACCAGAGACAGAUGAAAAAUCACAGGAAGAAGAAUUUGAUGAAUAUUUUCAAGGUUUAUUUCUGUGAGAUGGAAGAGGGAUGCCUACAUUCCUUAAUGUGAAAGUAUACUUUGAAACUCUUCACAAAAUUUUGUCUACAAGUUGCAACUUGAGUGGUUUGUCUU